AUGCUGGACGGAACAGGAUUGCGGCAGUCGUGGUAUACUGCCUUGGAAGAUGCGCAGUCCUAUUUCCGACAGCUUCUUACCUCGUCAUCGCAGGAGUGGAAACGGGUGCCGGUCCCAAGCGAGAAUGGACCCUCCAGUCCAAAGGGGAAGGCACGAGCAUCUGCUUUCCCAGAGUUGACGGACGUUGUGCUUCAUCGCAAAUCAGCCAAGUCCGGUGAGAAUGUCUACAGAGCUGUGCUAGAUGUGCCCACGGGAGAAGAGCCGAUGUCGCUCGAGUGCUGGAAAGCGGUACUGGCGACGCCCGAGUUACGGAAGGAAUGGGAUCCCGCCGUCGAAGGAGCGCAUCUGGUUGAAAUGUUCGACCAAACGACCAGGAUAGCAAAGACGAACUUCUCUGUGGGAUGGCCUGCCAACCCCCGCGACGCCGUGACAAUCUCACGGAUGUUCAACGAUGCUACCACGCUGAUCGAUAUCUCUACUUCUUUACCGCGCUCUCCCGACGAGCCGGCGUACCUGAGGCCCUCGCCCCCUUAUGUACGCUCAGACGUGACCCUGUUCGCAUGGUGUGUACAACAUGUGCUGCCGCCGGGCGAGCAGUCGACCAAGAACGCGCGGUUGCGCAUCACCUGCUUCUGGCAGCAUAACUUUCGAUUAAUAUGGAAUUUCGGCUCCACCUCGAGUUUUGCGCAGCAACUCAGCGCGAUGAUGGUGGGACUGUUCAAGAGCGUCAAGAAGAGGGGUAUGCGCAUCCCGUUGCUGACCGGGUACGGGAACGGCGUGGCCGUCGAGCGCAUACGAUUUGCGUUGGAUCGGGAGGCACUCACUCUGGACUAUGCCAUCGUCCCCGAGGACGAGGAACAUGCCGUACACACGAGCGAGCAGGGUCUGGAAGAGUUGCACGCGAUUCGUGAACAUCGGCGGCUCACACGUGCAAUUGAAUGUGCGUUACCCGCGUCUGCAGGCUGGGACGUACAGAUUGCGACGAAAGCCUCAUCGGAACAGGUUUCGCAGCUACCGUGGACGGUGCAUGCGACUCGGAGCGGGCCCUCGAGCAGCUCAGAAACUUUGUCCGAUGAUUACGAGAAGGUAGUAUUUGGCAUCAAACACGCGUCGCUCCCCAAUGAUCACUCCGUUUUGAAAGUCAAAGUUGUGAUAGAGCUAUCAGGCCCCUCGAGUGGUAUACGUCUCAAUGGGAUUCCGCAACCAAUAGAAGAAGUAGAAGAACGGGAUCCUUCGUCUUACUUCAUCUCCGAACAGAUGCUGCAAGAUGUCUCGAGCACGGCUGACCUCAGCUUCAAUACUCAGUCUUCGUUUAGUACCGCGGUCGAGACAGCUUCUAGGUCAUCUACAUUGCCAGACAGACCCCAACUCAUGCGUAGAGUGACUGAACGCACGGCGGUAGCGGACAAGUCCAUUUUAUCCCGAGUGAAGCGCAACUACAUCUAUUUCUCGUCACUGUUACAGGAGCCAGAAGCGAAAUGGAAACGCACCACGGAAGCACGGGGUGUCUCGAUUGCUCAGUUAGACUCAAUUGAUCCUACGCUGGUUGUCUAUCGAGCUGAAUCGACAUUUGUGGGUCUAGGUUUGUGGGAUCUGUAUUCUGCUGUUGUGACCCCAGGAGCACGAGCGUACUGGGAUAAGCUGUACGAGGAUGGGAUAUUGGUGGAGGAUGUCAAUGAGCUCACAGAACUAUGGCACUACAAGACAAAGCCAGCUUGGCCGGCAAACGGAAGAGAUGCGGUUGUGCUCAAAACUGUCUACAAAUCACCGACUACAAUACACGUGUUUGCAUUCUCCGCGGAUGACCCAAACCUCUUCCCGCACAUACCGCCUGCCGAUCCGAAUGUCAUCCGGAUGCAGAUUGACCUACAGGGCUGGGCCAUUGAAGCGCUCUCGCCUACUACUACCCAACUUACGCUCCUGGAACAGUCGGAUCCCAAAGGCUGGUCGAACAAGGGGUCCAUUCCGCAGCAGAUGAUUGGUGCUGUCGCCGGUGUGGGAGAGUUCGCGAUCAAGUGCGGCGGGCCUCCCGUGCUGACACGGUUAGAGGGCGCGAAGGCGAACGGAAUCCGCUACGACCACGACCGGGGCAGCUUCCGCAUAGAGUACGAGGCGUCUGCAAGCCGCAGGAGCUCGGAAGUGAAGAACACGGACGACGCGCCCGCUUCGCCUGUGCUGCCCGUGAUCGAGUGCGAGCUCAGGUGUGACCUGGACAACUGGGCGUCCUCGCUAGACAUUGUGGUUGACCCGCCACCGCAGUCCACUUCGUGCCUCCGCCGGCAUCGGUUGUCAUCUGGCGGAGGUGGCUUGUGGCUUACUAUAACCCACGACGUGGUAACCACGGGCCAGGAGCGUCUCCUUGCAAUCGUGCGCCGAGGACCUGUGGGUGUGCAGAAGGAGAAGGGGCUGGUCAUGGUCAACGGCUCGAAGGUGGACGUGGACGUGGAAGAUAUGCCCGAGCGUGAGGUGAAGCACCUAACGAAGCAGAAGCGCGUCAAGCCGUCGCGCGUCCCGCUGGACCAGCCGCCCGUCCUCAGUGUCAUCCGGCGGCGCAACGCAGAGUGGAACGCGGAGGUGGAUUCUGAUAGCACGGAGAAUGGCAGCGAGAAACCUGUCUCACCGACGGCUCUGGAGGGCAUCAUCUCGUCUCAGCCCAAGUUCGCCACGUCGUUCACGAGGUUUUUCAACUAUGCGGUGGAGCAGGCGACGACAACAACGCAGCAGGCCGUUGCAGCUAUAUCGCCCGCGAUAGCGGCCGGGGCCGACUCGGUGCCGUCAGCGACCAAGCCUCCGAUGCAGUAUGCGCUGGAAGCUCUGUCGUAUCUCCAGAGCAUUCACAAUCGACCCGUGUCGGACGACUGGACUUUAGUUAGCGAGCGAGACUUCCCCGUCCAUCGCAAGCUCGAUCCAGAGAUCUCGCCGGUGGUGCCGGUACACAGAGGGGAGAAGGUCAUCGAGGGUGUCUCAGCCGAAGAGGUCGCGUCCGUCCUAGUCAGCUACGACUGCCGCAAGCACUGGGACAACCGCUUCGACUCUGUGCAUGUCCUCGAGGUGUUCGGCGCGGACUCGCACACUGGGUUCGUCGUGAUGAAGGGUGGGUUCCCCUUUCGCGACCGCGGGUUCUACCUGGCAUCGCUGACCGCGCGGGAGAGCGUCGCGCCGCGUCGCAAUACGGGCGAGUCGGAGCAGUCGAGCGAGAACCGCACAGCCAUUUUCUGUGUCUCGGCUUCGUUCUCGCCGGAUUCGGUCUCGUCGUUCUCUUCGUCCAAGUACAACUCGUACGCGCUCCCCGUCGGGCGUGUGUUCGUGGACGGCUGGAUCUUGGAGACCCUUGAUCCAUACGGUAAGGAAAGCUAUGCCAUACCGUCCACACGAUGCACCCGCGUUGUCGCGGUGGAUUAUGCCGGCUCGAUCCCCGCCGCGCUGAAUUCGAUGAUCAACGGGAUGCUGCCGAAGUCCAUAUUGGCCGUGGAGACAUAUGUAAAGAACAUGUCGCCACCACCGUCUAUGAGGCUCCCUGCUGCGGUGGUUGUGGUCGCACCUGCGACGGAAGACGAGCCUCUGCCUAAAUCGUGGACGGUGCGGCGCCGCGACGCCAGCCGGGCGUUAAUCGCGACGAUAUAUAUUCCUACUGAUCGGGUGUAUCGCAGCUUCAUCUUACUCGACAGCUCGGCGCUGUUGUCCCCAGCCGCGGUUUCCAGCGCAAACGAGAAGACACCCAAAGCCGGCAGGAUCGCGCUAGGUUCCCCGGCUGCUGUUAGUGAAGGACAGCGCCCGGCUUCGCCCCACGACCAGCUGUCCUCGGCUGGUCGCUCGCGUUCUCCAGAUGCAGUGCGCUCGCCGACAAUAUUCACUUCCAGAGGUGAACUGCGGCACCCAACUGAUAUCCUCGUAUCUGAACUCAUCGUGGACUCGAAACUGUACCCUGACGGCUACGAUGUCCGAGUGAAGUCGCGUAUCGAAAAGACGAAGGCAGUUAUUCCAUUGCCCGCAUUAUCUACCGAUGAGACACUAUCGGACCACUCCCUUCCGAUUUCUUACUCUGUCUACACGCUGCCGCCGUCGCCGCUGCAUUCGUCAGGGCUGAACGCGGACCGCCCGCCGCGGCACUUGUUGCGACUCACGCUCCCUACGGCCCAGUACCAAGUAUCGACGCUCCAGGACCCACUUACAGGUGAGACGCGCAGCGCACCGCCGAAGCCGCAGUGGCUCUCGGACAUUGAAGAGGGCCGCGUGAUCAUCUCUGUCGAGAUCGUGCCAGCGCCCGCGGGGCGCGCCAACAAGACGUCGACGGUAACUGUCGACGGCAAGGCGGUGACAGUUCUUUCGGAGAAGGAAUCGCUGACUGGGCUCGGGCGCGAGGAGCUGUUGGACAGCAGGGCGUCCCGGAUGGAUCUGCUAUCGGGGUCUCCCGUGGAGACGGAGGAGUUGCCGGAGGAGCUGCAGGUGCCGGUCGCAAUUGCGGAGCACUUACUGGGGGCGGCAGUGCCGGAGGCGGAGGCGGCGAGCGUGGCAGAGGCAGGGGACCCGGAGAGCGCGCAUGGGACGCCGGAGCCCGGGGAGGAAGGCAGCGAGAGCCAUGUGCAGGUGGCUGUCGCUCCGGCCGAGGCACCGGCGCCUGACUCCGCGGCCAGUGGGCUUCUGCGGUUUCUGAACGCAUACCAGAACCCGCUACAGCGAUUCGCUGCACAGACGCGGAAGCUGACUGGCGGCGCGGACCCCGCAUCGGGAGCAGGAACGUGCACGCCACGCUCUGCAAAGGAAGAUGCAGCCGCGGGGGUGGCCCAUGCGGAGGAGGGGCAAGGGCGAGUGGGUGUGCUCAUGCGAAGGGGUGUGGCGAACACGAUGUAUCCACUAUCUACGGUGGUUAUCGUGGCGGUUAUCGCGUUCUUGAUCGGGUCGCUCCUGCGCUCGCUGCUGUCGCCGUCGGACUUUGUGCAUCUGGUGACCGACCGACGCGACAUUGACGAGGUGGGUGCGGGCGGGGGCUGGCGGGAGAUCAAGCGGCUGCUCGAGGUGAAGUACGUCCUGGGUGGGUGGGAUUUCCAGGUUGCCGUUGUGCGACGACAUUAA